AAAAGGUUUUUAUAUGAGGAAGAAAGUUCUGUGACAAACCAAGUCUGAACCAAAUCAAACCAUAAAGACCUUCAGCUCCGGUGACAAAAAAUCUGUCCUCCAAGAAAUCAGCAAUCAUGAAACACAUUGUCCUGUUUCAUUUGCUGCUCCUGUUUGGAAUGUAUUCAGCCCAAAAUUAUAGAAAUGUGGCUUUACGUGGCAAAGCCACCGAGUCUUCUCACUACAAAGGAGAGUGGGAUGAGUUGGUGGAUGCCUAUAAAGCUAUAGAUGGAAACCAAAAUUCGAAUCUUAAAAAAGGAUCUUGCACCCACACUGACACUGAAUCCAACCCCUGGUGGAGAGUGGACCUGCUGGACUCGUAUAUCGUCACCCAGGUCAUCGUCACCAACAGAGGAGACUGCUGUGAUGAGAGGAUCAACGGUGCAGAGAUUCGCAUUGGAAACUCUCUACAAAACAAUGGUGUUGAAAACCCGCUGGCUGCUACAAUCUCCUCCAUUCCAACUGGAGACUCUCAAGUAAUCAAUGUUUCUCAUCGAAUGGAGGGACGUUAUGUUACUAUUGUGAUACCGGGAUCAGAAAAGACUCUGAGUCUCUGUGAAGUGGAGGUCUAUGGUUACUGCGCUCCAACUGGUCAGAACCUUGCCCUUCUAGGCAAAGCCACGCAGUCAUCACUGUUUGAAUUUGGUCUUGCAUAUAACGCCAUUGACGGGAAUCGCCUCAACGCGUGGAAUCAGGCUUCCUGCUCGCACACGUCAAACGACGAAAGCCCCUGGUGGCGACUGGAUAUGCUGAAAACACGCAAAGUGUUUUCAGUUAAGGUCGUCAACCGGGAUUCACAUCAAGAACGACUCAACGGCGCCGAGAUCCGCAUCGGAGAUUCUCUUGAGAACAACGGGAACAACAAUCCCAGAUGUGAUGUGAUCACAGUUUCUUCGGGAAAGAAUCUUUAUGAGUUUAAUUGUAACAAGAUGGACGGACGCUACGUAAACAUCGUCAUCCCCGGCAGGAACGAGUUCCUUACUCUUUGUGAGGUUGAGGUUUACGGCUCCACAAUGGAAUAAAGCCUGCAGUGGCAACAAAUGGCUGUUUGUACGGCUCACAAAAACCUGACGCUUCUGCUCAAUAAAAAGGCUUUCAAAUGUG